GAGAUCAAACGGUCACGGCAUAGGUCGUCCGACGCCUGACUCUGUGUUGUUCGUUGGUACUGGGGUUUUUUGCCCAUCGUCUGUUGAUUUUUCAGAAAUUUCAGUGUUCAAAAAAUCAUAAAACCUUUUCUAAUAGUCCCAAAUUUUAAGCUCUCUGGUCAGGGUUUUUAAAUAUCUGGUCGUAAUUAGAGUCUUUCAACAGCAAAUGAAGCAUCAAUUAAGGCGCAUCUAAUCGUGGAUCACUCGCUUAAUUUUUUCCUGGGUGCUGAUACAUUGCUACAACACGUGUUUUGGCAAUUUAGGAAAUAUGGGACAGUGCUUCACUAAGGCUCAGUCUGAUCAAGCUGAUUCAGACCAGCAUGUUGAGUUUGUUGGUGGGAAUGUACGCCCUGUUACCUCCAAAGAGGAGUGGGAUCAGAAGUUGUCUGAAGCGAAGAGAGAUGGCAAGAUUGUAAUUGCAAACUUCAGUGCAGCAUGGUGUGGACCUUGUAGAAUGCUUGCACCAUUUUUUUGCGAGCUCUCAGAGAAAUACCCAUCUCUUAUGUUCUUGUUGAUUGAUGUUGAUGAACUAACUGACUUCAGCACUUCGUGGGAUAUUAAAGCUACUCCGACCUUCUUCUUUCUUAAGAAUGGGCAGCAAAUUGACAAGCUUGUUGGAGCAAACAAACCGGAGUUGCAGAAGAAGAUUACUGCCAUUUUAGAUUCGGCGGCCAAUUCUGGGCAAUGACAAUUUAUGGUGGUUCCUGCUUCGCAGCUUACUCUUCCCGGUGAACAUUUUGUGGUGUUGUGAGUUUUGGUUGGUUGCAUGUAAUUUUUAAACUUGUCUUUGUGUAUUUAAAUUAAAUACUAUUCUUUUUUUUUUCUUUUUGGCCUCGUCAUGUAAAUAUGACCUUAUCUGGUUGCAUCAACGGCUCUUCCUUCAGAAGGCCUUGUAAUCAAUGACCUGGUCCUUGCCGCUUGGGAAUCUCUUCCCCCCUUAUUCUUCAACGCAACAUUCAUCCCAAGUGCAAGAGUUGUUUUCGUUUGAACGCAUUUCCAUUUCCAUACGCUAUUUCUCCUUUUAAUUAAAUAAUUCAAUCAAGCUCCCAACUCCAUUUGGUCCGA